AUGGCCGAAAAGAUCAGCGACAUGCCGGUGUACGACCAGCAGCCACAGCCGAUUCAUUACCAACCCACUCCUAUCCAGCCUCAGCAGACGCCCAUGUCUCCCCAACCAACAUACCCACAGCAGCAUCAAGGACCCAUCCAACCGGACAUCGCCUACCUCCAUGAUCCCAUCCACGGCCAGCAGCAAACAAAGGACCAAUCGCACCAGAUGACCUUUUACGGGGGCAUGCAGCACCCCAGCGGAUACAACACAGCGUCGCCCCUACACGCUUUACAACGUGGACCUGCGCCGGUGGACUGCCCUGUUUGCGGAUAUCGCGAAAUGACGCGAGUCGAGGCGGAGGCCGGAAGCACGACCCAUGGAUGGGCUGCCGUGCUUUGCUGUUGCUUCUGCCUAGGAUGUAUCCCGUACCUGAUGACAUCGCUGAAGGAUAUGCAUCACCACUGCGGAAAAUGCGGCGCUCUUCUGGCAACCUGGCACAAUAGUGGCAGAGUUGAGGUGCAUCAGAACCCGAGGUCUAGCUUAUCAUGGCCGCUAGUUGACGCCAUGUCUCCGGUCCAUGGCGAGAGUCCGUCUCCACACUAUCGUCGCAACUGCUGCACAUUUGCAUGUAUCAAACCGACAUGGAAAAUGCCUCCUGAUCGAGGACGAGCCUCGCGGGCCUGUGUCACAUGUCGAAAGCAAAAGACAAGAUGUUAUGAGUCUGGAGUAUCAGGAAGACCAUGUUUACGCUGCGAGCGUCUUCGCCAGCGAUGUUCCUUUGUGUCGAGUGCUGGCGAGGAGGUCGUGGCUACGAGUAUCAGCACCGAGGCGAGACUGGCCCAGCUGGAAUCGACCGUUGGUGCUUUGCUAGAACGACUGGGAGAAGAUUCAACCAGCAUCACGACCGGUCAAAGAUCAGCUACACGACUAGCAGAGAAUAGGAUUGGAACAGAGACACCAGUCAGUGCAGGCGCCGUAUCAACAAAACCGGAAGCUCAAUCGGCACCGCCUGUCAUGGUUAUUCGCGACUUAGCAUCGGAUAUCGGAAUGAAGUCACCAGAGACUAGCUCGCAUGUAUCAGUCCUCGAAGGAUUGAUCACACCUGAUCUGGCGCUCAGUCUUUUGAAAAUCUUCGCCGAGCACUACGGCCGCUGGGUUCUGUUCGACGAAGAGAACGACCCGAAGGACCUACUGCAGAAAGUAUCAAGAUCGCCGCUACUGCUAUGUGCCUGCUGUCUGAUUGCGGUAAGACAUACCACCGAAGAUCUUGCUGUGAACUUAGCUCCGAAGCUCUACCAAUGCGCCCGAUCUCUUGUUUCCAAUGCCCUCCUGGACGCACCCCAGCCGAUCGAAUUCUUCCAGGCGAGCCUAAUUCUCUCAAUGUGGUCCACAACAGUCGGACAAGUCCCACUGAGCAUUGACAGCUGGCUUCUGAGCGGGUUCGCCCUGCAGCACUGGCAGUCCAGCGGCGUGUUCGAUCAGGCUAGGCCACAUGGAGGCACGCAGCCCACAAAAACGACCCUAGACUAUUGCUGUCUAUGGAACCACCUCUGUCUUGUCCACCUGCAUUACUGUGUUGGCACCAGCAGACUGUCCAUGUUGCAAGAAGCGCAAAUCGCUCGAUGUCGUUCGAUCGUGGAAUCGGACCGUGUAACGAACUACGAAUUACGGAUGGUUGCCGAGGUGUUUCUUUACUGGGCUGUCUACGUAAACACCACCGAAAGAACCAUUGACCUUCUCAAAUCAGUUGCCGACUUGCAAAGCUGGAGGAAGGAGUGGCAGUUUGUUCUGGGUAUGUGA